AUGAAAGAAGUUUUUUCAAUUCAAGGAGUAGCUGCAAAGCGGAUUGUAGAUGGAGAGGAGACAGAAAAUUGUUAUAUUAGUGGAAAGUUAUCGUUAGUGGAAAAACCUACUGGUGUGAUGGUUGAGUGGGUUCCAUUGGAAAAAGAUAACUGGGUUCUUACAUCUGAAGAUGAUAAUGAAAAUCAUUCAAAGUUGUCGGAUAGCUCUGAAUCGAGGCAAGAUUUUGCGAACAAAUCGAAGUUUUCCGUUGAUAUCAAAGAUUUGCGUUCCUUCCAGUGUGUUGAGCCUAAAAAAGGAUAUUGUUGGAUACGUUUUAUCGGGAAAGAUGGUUCUGGCUACACACCACUAUAUUUUCGACAGGGUGGAAUAUCAUCUUUUACCGAUAACUUACAAAGAUAUGCUACUUUAAAACGUUCAGCUCGAGAAUCUAACUUAGUACUUUUCACAGACGAACGUCUUGAAGCUUUAGAACAGUCUGUCUCGAUUUUGGAUUUGAAUAGCGAUUUCUUUUCGCGUAUGAUGGCACAACCUUAUGCAACAGCAAUGACAGGUCUUGGAAAAGUGGCAACAUUUGUUCAAGAACAAGUCAUACCGUCUAUCUUAGAUUCAGAUGCAGUAAGUGCAGAAGAAAAAAUUAGAGCAAUGAGGGAGCUGAGAGAAAAAGAAGAAGAAGCAGCAGGCAUCUUAAGAUCACAUGAUGAUGCAGGAUUUGAACUUAUAACUCAUUUAGAACUUCCAGAGCGUCCAGAAUUUAAGAGGGAACAACCACUUACAGAGGAAAUGUGGCAGAAGUAUAAGAUGCCUGAUGGUUCGAUCAUAGAUGUUCAUCCUUUAAAAAUGCUGAUCUUUCGUGGAGGUUUAGAACCAUCAUUAAGAAAAGAAGUGUGGAAAUAUCUUCUUGAUGUAUAUGACUGGAGAAAGUCAGCUAAUGAAAACGAUGCAAUUCGAAAAGCGCAUUGUGAGGAUUAUUAUCGUAUGAAAUUGCAGUGGAAAACCAUAAACGAAGAUCAAGAAAGUCGAUUUAGUGAGUUUGCCGCUCGAAAGGCGUUAAUAGGUGUGCGAUGCAUCAGUAAUUCAUCUACAUUUUUUAUAAAACUUUAUGUCUACCUUAACUUACUUCCAGAAAAAGAUGUAUCUAGAACAGAUCGAACGCAUGCUUUUUUCGGUGGUAACAAUAAUAGCAAUCUUAUGCUUCUUAAUGACAUCUUAAUGACGUAUUGCAUGUAUAAUUUUGAUCUUGGAUAUGUGCAAGGGAUGAGUGACUUCCUCUCUCCAUUGCUCGUUGUGCUACAAGAUGAAGUUCAUGCAUUUUGGGCUUUUGUUGGAUUGUUAAAAAGAGUGCAAAAAAAUUUCGAAAUGGACCAGGCUGCCAUCAAAAAGCAGUUAAUGGAUUUGCGUGACCUUCUGAUGGUUGUUAAUCCCAAGCUAGCAAAUUAUUUGGAAAGUCAUAAUUCCGAUGAUAUGUAUUUCUGUUUUCGUUGGGUGCUGGUCGCAUUCAAGAGAGAAUUUUGUUUCGAUGAUAUUUUACGUUUAUGGGAGGUUUUGUGGACUGAUUUACCAUGUUCAAAUUUCCAUCUUUUGAUUUGUGUUGCUAUUCUCGAUCAGCAAAUGAAUUUCAUAAUUGAAAACAAAUUUGGUUUAACGGAGAUUCUUAAGGUACCUCUUGAGUUUCAGCAUGUCAAUGAUCUGUCAAUGCAUAUUGACUUAAACAAUGUAUUGACAUCAGCGGAGGCUAUAUUUCAUCAGCUAGCUGCUAGCCAAGAUAAACUUCCGAUUCAUGUGUGUAAAAUUCUAUCGUUAGGGGAUUCUUCUGGUCCUUGUGAGGAAUGA